AUGCUUCGCGUUUGGAGUGCGUCCGGAGAAGAAGUCGCGUCCAUACCAGUUGGGGAGUUGACAGACGUGCGGACCCUGAAGCAGUCGUUGCAAGACCGAUGCGGGGUAACUCGAUUCCGGCAGAGGCUCCUGGAUGAGCAUGGUGGCAGCCUGGAUGAUGAGCUGCAGUUGCGUUCUGCGGCAGAGCUGCAGCUCGUGCUUCUUUCAUUCUGCAGCGCCUCCGAUGAUGAAAAGAUGGAGUUGGCAGGCGCUGCCUACCGUGGUGACGUGCAGCUCGUGGAAGAGGUCUUGCAACGGCCCCAACACCCAGACGGCCGUUGGCAUGACCAAGCCCAGAGUGGGGAUCACAAGCGGCGCAGGAUAUCAUAUGCAACGCGACUGCACUCACACACGCCACUUCACUGGGCAUGUACGAAGGGCCACGCGGAAGUGGCCGCGCUGUUGUUGGAAGCCGGGGCAGACAUAGGCAAGGCAUCAUGCAGCUUCGCCCCACUUCUUUGCAAGGAAUAUCGCAGCGGCAACUUGGGUGCUGCGCGUUCGCUGUUGAAAGCUGGCGCGACCAUCAGCGGAGGAGAGGCUUCCCAGCUGCUUGCCAUGGCAGCAGAAGAUGGCCACAGGGACAUCGCGCGCUUGCUUUUGAAGAUGUCUGGCGGAUCUGCAGGCGAAGCACUGGCCCACGCUGCUGGCAACUGCCACGUGGGUGAUGUGGACAAGUCAGGGACUGCUCGCACGCCUCCUGAAAAACCUCUGAUGGAGGCAGACGCCAACACCGACACGGCUUGA